AUGCCCGCACCAACAGCCUUGAAAGGGACCGAGGCCCCGCUCGGCGUUGACAUGGCAGUUCCAGGCCAUGAAUGCGAUGAUGAAUUCCUUCUUGGAGCAAAAGAUCACAUGGCCACCGAAUCACUCACUUCGGCGCCACGAGAACUUGACAGCGAUGACGCCAUGGCCAUUGACGAAGAGGGACGGCCACGGUUCGCACCGGCCAGCGAUAUCGACCCUGUCACCAGAGUUGAGAUCCGCAAGGUUCCCGUACCGCCACACCGCAUGACCCCUCUGAAGCAAUCAUGGCCCUCCAUUUACCCUCCUCUAGUCGAGCACCUGAAGCUGCAAUGCCGAAUGAACAUUAAACGAAAGACCGUGGAACUGAGAACCUCAAAGCACACCAUCGACUCCGGUGCGCUACAAAAAGGCGAGGACUUUGUCAGGGCCUUUACUUUGGGCUUUGAUGUCGAUGAUGCCGUCGCUCUGCUGCGAUUAGACGACCUGUAUAUUGAGACAUUUGAGAUCAAGGACGUAAGGACCAUGCAUGGUGACAGCCAGACUCGUACCAUUGGUCGAAUAGCCGGCAAGGAUGGCAAGACCAAGUUUGCCAUCGAGAAUGCUAGCCGCACAAGAAUUGUGUUGGCGGACUCCAAGAUUCACAUCUUGGGAGGAUUCAGGAACAUACACAUGGCACGGGAAUCGGUUGUUAGCCUCAUCCUCGGCAAGCCGCCUGGAAAAGUAUACGGUAACCUGAGGACGGUUGCCGCUAGGAUGAAAGAGCGUUUCUAA